CACAACACAGCUCAACACACACAGUCACACUGUGAAGCCAACAGGCCCUGUGGAGCAGGUGCUGCCACACUCCGCAAGGCGCUUGUCCAUUUCACGGGACAACAAGACAGAGAGAAAUCUCACAGUCCAACUUGGUGCAAUAAGUUGGGAAGUGGCUGUAAAGUUCUGGAUGUCUGUGGUGUGUUAUUUGCAGACAGUGAAGCUCUUUCUUUAUAAAUAGCUCCAGAGAGGGGAUUGAUUGACAUCUGCAGCCAUUCACUGGGGCAGAGGCAAAGCUCAGAGGGAGAAUGCUGGAGUUGUGAGUCUAGUCUACAGCGGUUGGAUUACUCUCUGUGUUAUCCCAAGUGCAUUGUUGGAGGAGCCUGCCGUGGUUUGAUCACACCAACAGCAUUGAUCCACUGACCCCAACGGCCUGACUGGAGAUCUGACACGAUCCAGGGAGCAGAGAAGAGAAAAGAAACGAAAAGCGGAAAAAUGAGUUUCCAGCGUCUGAUCCGGUCUGCUUCAACCAACGGCCGUUAUUCUUCAGAUAACGAGAGCAAUGGGGGAGAGCAAGGGCCCACACGGAGUGAGACCAGCCGUAACUACUUUCUCAAUGUGCGCCCUGAGAACAGGCAAACCUUCUGCACCAUCAUGGCUCAUCUCACUGAAGAGACUCAGCCUUGUUUUGAAACAACGUUGAAAUCCCGUGCGGUAUCUGAGGACAACGACGUCAAGUUUCACUGCAUUGUCACAGGUUACCCAGAGCCAGAGGUCACAUGGUACAAGGAUGACAUGGAGAUGGACCGAUAUUGUGGACUUCCCAAAUAUCAAAUAUUCCGCAAUGGAAAGAAGCAUUCUCUUCAUGUCUUCAAGUGUACGGAGGAGGACGCUGCCAUUUACCAGGCGUCGGCCCGGAACAGCAAAGGGAUUGUGUCGUGCUCCGGCAUCCUGGAGGUGGGCACCAUGAGCGAGUACAAGAUCCACCAGCGCUGGUUUGGCAAACUCAAGCAGAAGGCGGAGGCCAAGCGGCGGGAGCUGGAGCGGGGCAAGGAGAACAUGCAACGAGCUCCCAGCGACGAACGCGUGGAUCUCCUGCGGACGGUGAAUCCGGAGAAGGCUCAGCGCAAACGCAAGUCGUACGGUCAGGCCCGCACGGCGUCAGCCAGCUCGGUGUCAGCCAGCUCGGUGUCAGCCAGCUCGGUGUCAGCCAGCUCGGUGGGCAACACAGAGGAGAAGCUCAAAGGGUUACUCCCAGACCCCGAGACCAGGCUACACCAUCGACCGGCCACUACGCCCAGGGCCGGAGUGUCGGACAAACCGCCCAUUCCCUUCUCCGAGGUCCACAAUGGCUACGUAAGAGGCCCCCAAGGGGUCAGGCUCAACGCCAAGGAAGAUGCCAGGGAAGCUUCGGUGAAGAAUUUGCAGGAAAACCCGGUGGAGAAUGGGAUUUCGUUCAUGGACUACAUUUACAAGACGGUGGAGAUGGUGACGGCCAAACCCACGAGCAAGGAGUUUGCAGCCAAGAAGAAGAAAAGGAAACUCUUGGAAGACAAGGCGGAAGAGAGCGAGCUGCCGGCUGUGAUCACCGAGGACAAGCCUCAAGGCUUCUGCAAUGAGAAUAGCAUCAACGGGAGCAAGGAGUCGGGAAGCCUGUCCCAGUACUUCUCAGAUACUUUGAAGAGAAGCAAAUCAGGGGACGAUGUCAAACCAUCGAAAGCUGAGGAUGGGAUGGAUGUUGAUGCCCCUCUGUCUUCAGUGCUUCUGGGGCUGAAAGACGUCUCUUCACCACCUCCCAGCCCGGAAGGUGUGAGUGUGGGAUGUGAGAAGGAUCGAUUGAAAGGGCAGACUUCCAAAGGCCCACACGCUGAGGUGACUCGGGCUCCAAGCAAUGGAGACUGGAGCGCCAGCCAGUGCCCAGAGGCUCCCAGAGAGCAAGAUCCUGCCCAGGUCAUGUACUUCUCCAUGAGGGACAUGUACUUAGACACGAUCCAGGCUUCCCAGCAGGAGGAGAAGCCUCAGGGAGGCAGUGACGAGGCCGGCUCCUGGCUCCCAGACCGUGCGGGCAACAGAGGGAAGAGAUUGAGCGAGAGCUUCUCCCCACCUCCUGACCUGAAGGCCCCAGCGAGGGCUUGUGCCUCCAAACAGGCGUCUGAGGAGCUUCAGACCAUGGAAACGUCGGGGACUGAUACAGACAUGACGAUGCCCUCGGUCAUCAUGGAGACGGAAACCGGAGAGACAUGUGACCUGCGUGUUGUUAGUAGGAGGCCACAGCCCUCGGUGGGAGACAAGGUCGGUCCCAGCGAGGGGAGAGACCUGCAGGACUCUGGUGUGAGCUCCGCACGAGGGCCUGACAAAGGACCUGACCAGGGGGUCCACUUCACCUCCUCGCUUGCAUGGCCCAAGGACGGAGCAGAGGCCGGGCAGCCCAGGGCAGAGCCGGGAGAGGGCGGCCUGAGGCCCACGUUCUCCCCACAGCUGGUCUGCGAGGCGCUCGCUGAGGCUGUGGAGGAGGAGGGUCAGGCGGGACCUGACCAGGUAGGUGCUAGCGACACCCAGAGGGAGAUGUUGGAUUUCUUGAAAUCGUCAAAGCAAAACGAGACAACAGCUGAGCGUCCAAUACUGGAAGCAAAGCCACUAAGAGACCCUGAGGACCAAGUGUCUAGUGAGAGAGCUCAGGCCAACAAUCACAGGGAACAUCAGUGUGUGGCAGAGAGGGGAAGCCACGGAAGUCAGGCCAGCCAGGACCACCUAAGAGAUGGCUUUGAACCAAUGGAAGUAACAAUUGACAGCCUUGCCCAGAUUGCUGGCCAGGCUGCCGAGGUGCCCGUGCGCACGGCACAGAGCCGAGAUUCCGUGGAAAACCUGGUCCCAGAGAGAAGGGAGACGAUAAGCACAUGUUCUGUAAGCGAAGCUUUGUUGGGUGGAACUUCCUUAACAAUGAAGGUUCCUUUGGUUGAAGAACGUGUUCCUGAGGCAGUGGCCAGAGGUGAGAAACUGACGGGGAUGAUGGGUGUCCAGGGUGAUGCUGAGAUUACCAAAACCACAAAGCCGGUGGGAUGCGGUGAGGAUGUUGGAUUGGGAAUGUGUGUGCAGGGAGCUGUGGCUGUGGGCUCUCCUGACAAUGCUGAGUCAUUGCUCGCUGGUUUACAGACACCCACUACCUCGAGGGGUGAUAGACCUCCAGCGGUCAUUAGCAAAGUAGCAUUGAACAUCUCAGCUGUUAGUGGGCUGGGCUCACACAUCCAGGACACAGCAGGACUGCAGCCGACUGAUGGCCUCCCGUGUGGGUCACUGCCUGUCCCCGUGAAGCCAUCGGCAGAGACAGAGGUUGGCUGGACCCCACCGAGCGGGUUCCCGGACGGUACCGCGCACAGUGUCUGUACACAAGAAGAGCGAGUGCCUGUGGUUGGUACAGAUGUUGAGCAUGUUAAGGUGUCGCCAUUACCUGUGGCUGUGAGAGAGCCUGAGCCACAGGUGUCUAGUCCAGCAUCACUGUUGAUGGAGAAGGGAGAUGACCAUGCUCUGUGCCCAGUGAGUAGUGCUGGCGAGGAGCCCAGGGUUGGGGGCUUGGGCGGGAGCGAUCCGAAGUCCUUUUCAUCUAAUGGUGAGCAAUUCCCAACCAAGAUGCCUCUUGUGCCAACUGGAGAUCAGACCAAGCCAAGGCUGGCAUUGGCACGAAACGUUAUCGACACCCGACAGACACCUGCACCACCGAUGGCUCUGGACGGUAGCAGGAGAGAGAAUAGAGAAGGCUCCACAGUUCCUUCUGUGCAUGUUGAGGACAAGACUACAGACAAAGCCCCAGUGCCGUGCUCGACGGAGACAGUGGAAGACAAGAGGAAGGAGGUGCCGAAUGGUGGAAGGACGUUGUUGGUAGUGACGGAUGUUCGAAGUGUUGAAAAGGCAUUGGUGAUCAUGGGGGACACAGACACAAACCCCCUCGGGAGUGGGGGUGACCAUGUCCCGGUGAAGAGCGUUCCCGACUCCAGGGCGCCGGAGGUGAGCCGACUGCCGUGCAUCCUGGUGGGAGAUGUUCUGCUCAAAGAAGCGGCAACAACGAGCCAGGCGUCCGAGGAGCUGGGUCACAGGGAGCUGGGGACCCCUCCUGAGCAGGGCAGAGAUCCCAAGCUCAAGCCCAGCGAGAGCCCACCUCCCAUUCCGUCCGCCACCCCUCAGGAGUUGGCCGCUGGAGCCCGGCGCAAGAUAUUUGUCCCCAAAUCCAAGCAAACGGAGAACACCGAGGUGUUGCCAUUGGAUGCUCUUAACAUGCAACCUCAGCCAAGGAAGGAAGAGGCUGGGAGGAGGAUGCAGGAGCUGGUGGAGGACGACCUCUAUCCCCUGCCUCGCAGGAGAAGCAACUCCUUGUUACAGGCUCCGGUGACCCCACCGGCCCCCCAAGCCCCCCGCUGCUCCCCUAUCCCCGCCCGCAGGAUGACCAUGCUCCAGGUCCCCAAGCUUCGCCAGGAGCCGGAGGAGAAGAGCGAGAGCGUGUCAGCAACCAGAGGGGAAACAGUCGCGGAGGUCAAGUCAUCCACUGGGAAAAGUGAGGCCAAAACAGAGGAGGUGAAAUCAACCAAAAACCCCUUUAAAGCUCCUCAGGUGAUCAGGAAGAUCAGAGCCGAGCAGUUUACUGACGCCUCCGGGAACCUGAAGCUCUGGUGUCAGUUCUUCAAUUUGUUGAGCGACUCGACUGUCCGAUGGUUUAAAGAUGGACUUUGUUUGGAUGAACUGAAGCGGAGCGCUGGGGAUGAAAGCCAGUUAGCGCUGGCCAUCGUCCAGGCCUCGGGGAAGGAUUGUGGUGUUUACAAGUGUGUGGUGGAGAAUGAUUACGGCUCCGACAGCACAGACUUCCUGCUCAGCAGUGGAGGGAUGAGCGGAUUUAUUUCCAGGGAAGAUGUUGAAGUGGGCGAGGAAAUCGAAAUGAUGCCUGUGCUGUUCGCUAAAAGUCUGAUGGACUCCGGGUUCUGGGCUGACAAGUUUUUCGGCAGGAUUAUGAUGGAGGAGGUGCAUUUUGGAGCUGGGUUCCUGGGCAAGGCCAGCCGGGUGAAGGUUAUAUACGGGUUAGACCCCAUCUUCGACUCCGGCUCUACCUGUAUCAUCAAAGUGCGAAACUGCAUCGCUUACACCACCAAGAACGAGAACAGCCUGAUUGAGAGAAACCACAGCCUCACUGUGCAGGAAUGCAAGCUGCAGAACACAGCGAGGGAGUACAAUAAAAUCUUUGCUGCCGAGGCUCGAACGAUCAAUACCUUUGGGGUUGUGCCGGAGAUAAUUCCGCUGCACCUGGUCUAUCGCCCGGCCAACAACAUCCCCUACGCCACCAUUGAGGAGGAGCUGAGUGGCCCCUUUGUGAAGUAUUCAAUGAAAGACAAGAAUAUGACGGUGAAAAGUGACUCUGAGAUUGGACACAAGUGCCGGGCUUUCCAGCACUGGAUUUACCAAUGGACAAACGGGAAUUUGUUGGUAACAGACUUACAAGGCGUUGGUCUGAAGAUUACUGAUGUGCGGAUCGCCACUGUUUCCAAAGGGUAUCAAGGUCUUACAGGAAACUGUCCGUCGUCAAUCAUUGAGGACUUUGCUCAUGCCCAUCAGUGUAACUGCUACUGUGAGGCGCUGGCACUGAAGAGCAUCGAGAGUCUCCAACAGUCACUGAAACCUAAGGCAGCCAGGAGCCCACUGCCAGCGAGGAAAGCAUCUCAGUCCAGCCCUCAGGUUCACAGGAAGACACAAGGCAGUCCUCAAGUCCAGAGGAAGGGUCUCUCCAGCCCACAGGCUCCGAGAAAAGGGGUUGCAAGCCCUAAAGUCUCUCGCAAAACGGGCGAUUCCGAGGACUCGCUGUCUGGAGUGAAGCACAAAACUGUGGAAAUACCCAAAUCUGUCCGGCUUCGGUAAACCGGGCCGAUCAGUGGCCGAGAAGGAUGGCGCAAGGGUUUGAAGCACUUUUGCAAGAAAUUUAUUUAUGUGGAUAAAAAAAAACUUGAGUAAAAAUAAGGAUACAAAAAAACAAGAGAGAGAGAGAGAGGAGAAUCAAACUUAGUGUCAUCGUCAGUAAUGUCCGCUGGGAGGUGAUGUCCACAUCAGCCUCUCGCUCGACUACGACAAACCAUUACUCCUUGUGAGGUUGUUCCCAGUAGUUCCAACGAGUGGGUCUGACAACAACAACAACAGCUUGCCUUUCUAUAGCGCCCUUCACGCGGGACAGCGUCUCGGAGAGCUGAAAGCUAAUUAAUCACAAGAGUAAACCUAGAGUGAUUUUUGCAGAACGCAGAGAUUUUGUUUACACAGCAUAAGAGCAUAAGUACAUAAGAAAUAUUAGACGAAAAAAGACCAAGGUCCAUUUAGUUCGCCUUCUACCUUCUUGGCGGUCGCAUGCACAUAUAUCCCGAACUACCUAUUUACUUGUCCCAGGCUAUUUGCUAGUCCUUAUAAUAUAUAGGUUUACAGUUCAUUUUUGCUUUGUUACUCGACCACUAUCUUUUUGAGCAGGAAAGUGUAGAGAGGCGGCAGGCACGCUUAGUUGGCAAGACUGUAGGUGAGAAAUGGCUUAGGACCUGACAGUGCAUGUAUGAACUGACGGGGAAUAUUAGAUGGCUAAUAUUUAAUAUCAGCGAGUANUUUUUUUGAGAGGCAGAUUACGGGUAAAUAAGCUAUUUGGUAUAUAUUAUAAUUCGGCCAAUUAUCCGGACAGCAGAUUAGCUGGGACCAUUAUUGGGAGAUUGACAUGAGUUUUGUUUCGAUAUUAGGUGAUACUGUUAAAAAUUAACUAGCGUUGGGUUGUUUUUGUUUGCGAUCGUCUGGUGGUCACCAAGUGGUUGUGAGCAGUUGCAUCAGAGCACCAAUGCUGGGUUUAUUAAUGACGUACACAGGCCUGUCACGUGAGCUGACAGUCACUUGUUUUAGUGACGUGAAUGAGCUUGUAACUGAGGUGCUAAUUCUGGAUCUCACUGAGCACCGUGAGUGUUGUUGGGAGCAUUACGCUAUCUCUCAGAAAUGCUUCCAAUGCACACAACCCCCUAGACUGUACAUUGUCACAUUAGGUUGCCAACUUCACCCCUACUAAUCUCCUUACAGGGUCUCCUAGGAGCUGAACUGGCUCCCAAGGUGACAUGUUUGGCUACAGAA